CACACUGCAGCGCUCGGCUUCCUGGGGCGUCCGCGUCCCCUGCAGUAUAAUACCCCUUCCGCUUCGCCCACUGCCCUUUGACGACAGCAUCAUACACCCCAGUUACUCUCGCACCACGCUCCUUCUCAGUGCUGGCCAUGUCCUUCCCCUUCGGCCCCCUCGGCGGCUCCUCCACACGCCCCCGCAUCCAGCUCGAGCACGUCCCGUCCACCCCGCCCCCGCUCGACGAGUAUGACGAAAAUGCCUCGGAGGACUGCGACCAGGACGCCCGCUCGCCUCUCUCCAGCUCCCACCUCCACCCCAACCACCUCUCCGCCCGCAGCCCCUACCCCGCCUCCGCCCCGCCCUCUCCGGACCUCUCAGCGCAGUCUGCCCACCGCCCCUCCAGCCGCUCGCUGCUCUACUCCCAGGGCGGUAGCUAUGGCGGUGGAUACCCUCAUUCGCCCUAUUCCACAGCAUCGAACACGCCCCUGCCCUCGCGCACGCCGUCCCCCGUUCCCCUGUACUUCUCGGGCGCGUCGUCCUGCAGCUCCGAGAGCGAUAGCGACCUUGACGACGGGCCAUAUUCUCGUAGUUCGGUAAGCAGCAGCUCGCGUCAGUCCAGCUGGCGAGAAGAGCAGCGCCGAUGGUGGAUCAUGGGUGCGGUACGGAGGCGUCGUCGGCGAGAGCGGAUGGGAGGGUGGAGGGCAAUGAAACGAGGGCUCCGGUUGCUCAUACGACAUCCAUUCUUUCCCAAGACGCCUGUUACCAUUCUACUCACCCUCGUUCUGCUCACCAUCUUCGGCGUCUCCCUCACCUUCCUCAUCAUCUACAUACUCAACCCCGACAAGGAGCCGCUUCCCUGGCGCGGGUACUGCACCAUCCCGCAGCUAUCCACAAGCCCACCAUCACUAACGCUCCCGACGACGGCGCAGUUCCCGCACCCGCUGCCGGAGAACUUCACGCUUCCGACGUUCCCGCCCGCAGAUUUCGACGACCUCUCGCCUGCGGGCGUGUUCGUGGGCGUCUUCUCAAUGGACAAUGCGGUGGAGCGAAGGAUGCUCAUCCGGUCCUCAUGGGCGAACCAUCAGCGCAGUCGAGAUGGUGCAGGUGAGGGAGAUGGUGGCGUCGGUACUUCACGGACAAUCGUGCGUUUCAUUCUGGGCGAGCCGCGGAACGAGUGGAAGCGGCGAAUACGGCUAGAGAUGGACAUGUACAACGAUAUGAUCAUCUUGCCGAUAUCGGAGAACAUGAACAAUGGCAAGACGUACGAGUACUUCCACUGGGCCGCGCGAAAUGCAUGGGUACCUCCACUGUACCACGACAACUUCGCGCACUUCCCCGAGGGCCUCUCGUACACGAACGCGACUGCGUGGUUCGCCACCAUCCCCGCGACCCACGACCCGCUCGCCGCCCGUCAGGACUACGCGAGCGGGAACCCGAUGAAGUGGGUCCGCCCAGACUACGUGGUGAAGACAGACGACGACUCGUUCGUCAUGCUUGCGGAGCUGGAGGCGAGGUUGCGGGUAGAGCUGCACCGCGAUCCACAAGAGGUGAGGUUGCAGAACGGCGCGGUCACGAACGAGUCGUUCGCGUCCGGCAACGGCUCCUCGUCUCGCCCCGCUGCCGGCUCUUCUGGUUCCGACUCGCGACUAGGCUCCUCUGGUACCUCCGCCUCCAAAGCGAUGCACGCACUCGUCACGCCCACCUCGACCUACGCCCCGCUGCCGCCGUCAUCUUCUGCGCCCGCGCCCGUGCCCCCAUCGCCCGCCGACGCGGACCCGCUCAUCUUCUGGGGCUAUCUCGUGAAGAACCGGUUCAUGGCGGGCGAGCUGUACGCGCUGUCGUGGGCGCUCGUGGACUGGAUCGCGAGCGACGCGCAGGUCGCGGAGAUGCGCAAGGGCGCAGAGGACAAGCAGACGAGCAAGUGGAUGCGCCUCCACCCGCGCGCGGACGAGGUCCGGUGGGUGAGCGAGCGGUGCUGGAUAUACGACCACCCGAGGGCGGGCACGGUGUACUCGCACGGCUUCUUGUUCCCCUCGGAGAUGAAGCGCGUGCAGACGGAGGUCAUGAAGGACAUCGCGCGCGCGGUGCCCGAGGAGGUCGCCGCGCAGAAGGCGGGCUCGAUCCUUUCGCCGUUCGGACCGAACGCGCCCGUGCCCCCGACGUGGUCGCGCUCGACGGUGUCCAAGUUCGGCCAGCGGUACAGCCCGCCGUUGCCGUACCUUGGCCAGCAGACGAGCAUCGAGGCGCUUGUGGAGGGGAGCGAGAUGUCCCAGCUGACUGAAUCGAGCGGCCUGAACCCUUGGACAGUAUGGCUACGACGCGAGGGCCGGAAUACGCGUUACGACCACCAGCGCGUCGGGGGCACCGUGGUCGUGCACUUCAUCAAGAAGAACAUGUGGUUCCUCGAGACCGCCGCUGCGUUCCUCCUGGGCGACGACGUUACCGAUGCGGAGCGCGGGUACCACUGGCACGACGGACAGUACGUCGGGCCCGCCGGCGAGCGCAUGCAGAGCCAGACCUCGGCGACGCUGACGGACCAGCAUCCGAUCCAGACGAACAACAUCCGGAAGCUGCACAACCGGAGACGAUAGCCUUCGCUGGCUUUGUGGAUGUUGUCCUUUCUCUGGUCUUUCGCUGUGACGCCGCCCCUCCUAGCUCUAGCGGCACCACCCGUGUGCAUUGUAGGGACGCGACAUGGUACUUGUAUUGCGAUGUGUACGUAUGUACACAUGUACGCGCACCCUCUCGGGCGGACUUUCCCGUACGUCGCUGUCGAGUAUCGCUCCACCUACCCUCACCCUGCAUUUCCUCUCGUAAUCACACAUGGAUUCUCUCGCUUUGAAUUUGAAUAACUAAGUACU